ACUAUAUUUAUCACAGCUUCCAUUAUGUGCAGGAUUGCAUAUUCAUCCAGAAUUACUUCAUUUAAGCUUGGUAUCACAACAUUUUGUUAAAUGGGGAAGUAAUUACCCUGUAGACUAUGACAACAGGAUAUGUGAAUGAAGGAGGUCAUGGAAAACACCGCUUUUGCAGGUGGAAUCAUGAGGAUAGUGGAGAAGACGACGCGCACCCGGAAUGCUACAGAGGAGAUGAAGAGAGCAGGCAGCACAGGCUGACCCCAUUUGAGAAACUAAUGCAGGAUAUGUCUCACAAUGAAAAAGUGGUGAAAGAAUUAACCCUGGGAAAGAGAAUUGCCUUCUAUCGAGUCAGAGGAGAAAUAGGAAGUGGGAAUUUCUCACAAGUGAAGCUUGGAAUUCAUUCCCUAACCAAAGAGAAAGUUGCAAUUAAGAUUUUGGACAAGACAAAGCUAGACCGGAAGACUCAGCGUUUGCUGUCUCGUGAGAUAUCCAGCAUGGAAAAGCUGCAUCACCCAAAUAUCAUCAGGCUGUAUGAAGUGGUGGAGACACUCUCAAAACUGCACCUGGUGAUGGAGUAUGCUGCAGGUGGGGAGCUCUUCACUAAAAUUAGUACAGAAGGAAAGCUGCUAGAAACGGAGUGUAAAAUAAUCUUCUCCCAGAUUGUGUCUGCUGUGAAGCACAUGCAUGACAAUAAUAUCAUUCACCGGGACCUGAAAGCAGAAAACGUCUUCUACACUAGUAACACCUGUGUUAAGGUGGGAGACUUUGGAUUCAGUACAAUGAGUAAAAGAGAUGAAACUUUAAAAACUUUCUGUGGCUCUCCUCCUUAUGCUGCUCCUGAGCUCUUCCGAGAUGAAAACUAUAUAGGCAUCUAUGUGGACAUCUGGGCACUAGGAAUCCUCCUCUACUUCAUGAUGACGGGUAGCAUGCCAUUUCGGGCAGAUACUGUAGGCAAACUGAAGAAGUGCAUUCUUGAAGGGACAUACACUUUGCCUCCUUGCCUCUCAGAAAAUUGCCAGAAACUGAUAAAAGGAGUCCUUCAGCCCGUACCAACCAAGCGAUACUCUGUCAAACUGAUUAUGAACAGCGAAUGGAUGCAAGGAAUACAGUAUCCCAAACCUUUACAGACAUUUAAACUGGAUCCUAAGUAUUUAUCAGAUGUCAAUACGCUCAAAGAAGAAGAAAUUGAAGUGAAAAAUAUUCUGGAAGAUCUGGGAAUCACAGAGCAGCACAUUCAAAAUAACCGGGGAAGAGAUGCACGCAGCUCGAUAACAGGGGUCUACCGGAUUGUGCUGCACAGAGUACAGAAGAAAAGGGCACUGGAAUCUGUUCCUAUCAUGUCCCACCCAGACCCCACAGAACAAGACUUGAGGAAAGGAAUCCAUUCUUACAGUGGGAUUAAGCACACAUCCAAGCUGUGUUCUAUUUUAUAAAUUUGCACUGCAGACUAUACUCAGCACAUUUGACAGAGGGGAUUAUUCACUUUUCAGAGGGGAUUAUUGACUUUUCAUAAAUUCUGGUGUUACAUUUUUUUGUAAUUUUUGAAUAAACCAAAAAUGCCUCAUCUUCUUUGCAUUUCCCAAGUCACAGGAAAGCACUCAAACACAGAGCUCUCGUGCAUUUGUUUGACCCUUGCGUCAGAGACAUGGUAUAGCCAGUGCAAGAACCCCAGUAACCAAAAGGAGCGGGAGUGGAGGGAGUUGAUCUUUUAGUAAAGAUCAUACCAUUGCGUUUAAUCCACUUGGAGAUUCUCAGUAUAGCCAUGUAACACCUAACUUCUGAAAUGCUGUACCUCAGCUUGACACGACUUUACCACUGCAAACCAGGACAGUUUUUGCAGAGAAUUUAAGCAGAGACCAGACCAUAAUCUAAACAACUGCAUAUUCUUCUUUUGAGCUUCCUCAUCAAGAU